AAACGAAAAAGAUGGAAGGCAAAGAGCAGGAACCUUGGCAAACAGGUAGAUCAAAAGCGUGGAAGUAUUUCACUAAAGAUCACUCUUCUGGUUCGACUACCGUAAUAUGCAAAAUCUGCAAAGCUGUGCUGAAGUACAACAAUAGUACGACCUCGAUGCACAAUCAUUUGAAAAGGCAUCCGCAGAUGACGCUAACUCCAGCACAAACCGCUUUCUCCAGUCAACCGUCAGUUACCUCCUUCAUCAAACGACCAGGACACCGGCAGCAGCAAAUCACCAAUUUACUGUGUGAGCGUCGUGGGGGAAAUGAAGAGCAAAACUGUGCAGAGGAGACCGAUGACCCAGCUUCAUCAGCAUCUUCACCUCAUCAUGAAUCAUGGGAGAGCACCUCCAACCCCACAGCGAUCGCUCCGAAACUGCGCCAGCCAAAAAGGCAGAGGGGUCACGACAAGGCCAACGGCACCGAAAUAGAGGAAGAUCUUGAGAGGGAGAACGUGGCAUUGAGACGAGCAGCAACUAACACUUUUAGUACCAAAGAUUCUGAUGAUCUCUUUGGCAAAUAUGUGGCCAGCAAGAUGCGUCAAAUAACCGAUGCUGUGGAAAAAAUGAAAGCAGAGCGAUCUAUAACUGCAAUAUUGUAUGCGGCACAAGAAAGGAGCAUGUUAGAAAACAAACCUCCGACAGAAGCUUGCGACCCGACACCGCAGCCAGCGUAUCAGGAUUUCCCACAACACACAUCACAUACAGACACACUAAAUAGUCAAAUUAAAGAAGAGGACAAACUCUUUCUAUAA